GUUCUGUCUACAUCAUGGAAAAGCCUUUGACUUUGUAUAUAUUUUUAUUCUACUGGCAUUUCCUAAAUGCUUUAUUCACAGUUGAAGCUCCCCAGUCACUCUAUACCGUGGAACAUGGGAACAAUGUGACUAUGGAAUGCAGAUUUCCUGUGAAUGGGAAAUUAAAGUUUAGAGAUUUAAACGUCAGCUGGGAAAAGAAAGAUGAGGCAAAGAAGCAAGUAUAUGUACUUCUCAAAGGACAGGAAGACUUAAAAAAUCAGCACAGUGACUUUAAGGGAAGAGUAAAAUUGCUGAAGGAGAAUCUAAACUUGGGACAGUCUCUCCUUCAGAUCAUUGAUGUGAAGCUCAGAGAUGCGGGAGUUUACCACUGUAUUAUUGGCUAUGGGGGAGCUGACUACAAGACAAUUAAUCUGAAAGUUAAUGCUCCAUAUAGAACUAUAACCCGAAGAGUAGUGAGAACAGGCAACAAUGAAUGGAAGCUGACAUGUUGUUCAGAAGGUUACCCACAAGCUGAAGUGAUAUGGCAGAACAGAGAACGUGAAGACUUGACUAAUAAGGCAAACAAAAGCUGUGAAACUGGAAGUGACCAGCUGUAUCGUGUGACAAGUACCCUUACAAUCAAAAGUAGAACUGAUGAGAAUUUCUACUGUAUAUUCUGGAAUAAAGAGCUGCAAGAAAAUACAUCUGCUGUUUUACACAUAUCAGAUUCAGAUGAUGGUGUCCUGUGGACUGAGAGCAGACGCUUUGUUGGAGCAAUUCUUGUUGUGACUGCUGUCUUUGGAUCAGUGCUUCCAUUUAUGUUCUGCAUAAGAAAAGCUAGAGCAAGUAAAGACUACAGAACACCUGUGGCUAGUUCCUUAAUAGCAGGGCUGUCCAAAGAUAAGGAUACAUAUGACUGCAGAGAUGCUUCUUUUGAAGAAAAAGAGCUGAAGUAUAUACAAAUUGAGAAGACCUAG